CACUAUUCAUCAGAUAUUGCCGAUACCUCGGAGGAAGCUUUUCCGCCAGAUCUUGUACACGAUACUUCAGUCAAGUUUCUGUUUACCGAUUCUACAACUACAGCAUUCGGGUCCCGCACAGACGUUUCAGUAUAACCGUACCACCCCCUGCUCCCGCUUUCUGCACAAGCGUUACGCCUGACUGUCCCGUGGAAGGAACUAUCUACGGGUACUACCCCUUAUUUAGAUAGAACACAGC